AAAAAAGUAAAAGAAAGACAAAAGAUUAAAUCACCAUGCAAUUACAGACAAGAAAUGUUUUGUCGCUCAGGCUGUAAAAUGGAUGAACGUAAAAGAAUCAAAACUUUCAGUAACAGGAGUAAAGUUUUUACCUCACCGGAAUCUUAAUUACAGAAUCACUUUAUAAAAUAAAACAAGGUUACAUCCAAUUCAGUGGACACCAAACUAGACACUUAAAUUAGUCUAAGCGUACAAUUUUUACACUUAAUUUAGACAUCUUAAACAAAAUAUCCCUUAAUGAAACAAAAAAGGAAGCUCUCCUUCAAGCACACUGCAUUUCUCGCCUUUUUAUGUGACAAAUAUAUAUAUAUAUAUCUCUAUCCCUUUCCAAACUAGUCAUAAAACAAGUCAGGCUAUACUUACCGGCGCCGGGCGAAUUCUGUCAGUCGCGCCUAGCGUGCUAUCAGAUCUUCGAAGGCUGUUUGCUCUGGAAAAUAAAAUCAAGAAGUCGCCGUUGUUACGUAUGGAGGGCGAGCUAUUUCGUUGACACUUUAAAUUUUAACAGGGAAAGUAAAAGACCCGGCGCAUGCCGCCACUUUAAAGAAAAGCCACAUGAAUAUAACGGAAACUAAAGACAAUGCAUGUCCCUCGCUUCCGCUAAACCUGCGAAGCGGAACUUAUAAUGUAUAAGAUCUUGGUGAAUGCAAGAAAGACAAAACCAUCUUGCUCCCAUAUUAUUAUUUCAAAUACGUUUAACACGUAAGGCGAUUUACGCUCAUUGCUAACGUACACUUCUAUGCUAACCUGCCAGGAGAGACGAAAGUUCUGACCAACAAACUCGCCUUUACGGUUCAUGAAAAGAAUCAACCAAAUGCAUAAAAGGUAAACAAAAUUGCAUGAAUAAAAUUUACACAAAAGGGAAAAACCCGUCAAUUUUUGUUGCUCAACUUGCAAACUGGAUGAAUUGUUGAAAAGAUUAAAAACUUUUAGGGAGAAUAUCUGUACCUUCCCGACACUUCAUGUUAAAAAUAUCACUAUGAAACGAAAACAAGGUGAUAUCUAACUUGGACGCAAAACCAAAUAGUUUGAAUUAAGCUGGCAAUGCCUUUAAGGUAACCACGGAACUUGCAAUCAAGCUGAAUCAAAGGAAUGAAGUUCUCGAAAUCUUUUGUUGAUGAAGAGCCUCCCAACAUUAAGGAAUCGCAACGAAAGAAAUCUUAAUUUGUCCUGCCUCUUAUCAUCAACAAGAAAUCGUUUCCCUUUCCGAGAAGAAGAGAGAAACAAGCAUCUCUCUCUUCUAAUUUCCUAGUUGACCGACAUGUCAAGAACGGGAACUGAAUAUUUGAGUCUUAAACUAAGAAGUAAAUAUGGUUAGAUCAAUGUACUCAACAAAAACUCUCUCACUAAAAGUACCGAAAGGAAAGUGAAAAUUGAAAAUUCUGGGACUGUCCCUGCAUUCUAAGAAACAAAGCCCCGAGUGAUAAUGAUUCCCCGAAAGAAACGCCCUAGCCCUUGAUAUAACACGCAUGACGUGUCGCGAGGCAGUAUGCCUACUGAUGAAUUUUUAUAUCGUUUGGAACUUUCAUACCAGGGGCACCCAAAAACUUUUAUCAGUAAAAUUUUUUGGAAGGAGCAAAUAUUGACUAGAAAUCUCUAAAACUUGGGAAAGGCUAGCCUGUUCCCAUGUCCUCCAUUUUUUCUUGUAAGAGCGUGCGUAAGAAAAUAGAAAACGUGGCGAUUUAUUGACCGCAAGCGAAUAUUGAGAAUUUUUCUUUUUUUUUUUUACUAGCUUACCUACGAUUUUCGGAUUUUGAGUUUUUCAAAUUUAUUGCCAAGAUAAAGCGAUUAUUGUUAAAAAUGGUUUCCUUAAAAUUUCUGUAUAUGAAAAACGUCCACAAGAAUCCUAUAAUGAAAGUAUGGACAAACAUAGUUUUUAGUGCAGCUCCAAAUUUACCAAACAGGCUUUCCUUUACUACCUAACGUAUUCUGUUGCGCCUUUGCGACUACUGUGCCACGGCUUAAAAACCCUGGACUUUCCCUUAACAGGCAGUUUCCAAUUAUGAAAAUUCAUAUUAGAAUUGUCCAUCAUUGAAUCUAGAUGCGACUUAUUUAAUUUUGUUCAACUCAACCCCUGAGCCAGUUAUGAAUUUUAAAAAUUCGAUACCGGUCUAAAAUGGAAGCCAAAAGUGGACGUCAUUACAUGAAGACUUCACAUAUAUGUUCAUAGAUGGCACCUACAUGUGAAUAAUAAUGAACCUAUUGAACGAAAAUGGCCAAAGUACAAUUGCGCCACGAUAAACGCUUUCUAAAUUUGUGAAUCAAUGAUUUCCCAUUUCCUAAUUCCCCUUUAUGUCAUCUUAGAUACGUUGUUUGUGGCCACGAAAAGAGCGUCUGUGACAGCAUGAGUAGCUAUGAUCAGUCUAUCUACGCCCAGCCGAACCCUAUAUUUUAGUGUACCCUAAACCCUGUAUCUAACCUAAGUUGUUGUCUAAGGUUAUUGAAAAAGUUGCAGCCAUUCGCCUGACGGAUUAUUUGUGUGAUAAUGAUCUGAAUGAAAGUCUCCAGUCUGCUUAUAAGAAACACCACAGUCGUGAGACAGCGUUUCUACGUGUUCAAAAUGUGAUAUACUGAAAUCAAUUGAUAAUAAACAAUGCGUCGUUCUCUUGCUGCUGGACCUAUCAGUAGUCUUCGACACCGUCAAUCAUAAGAUCUUAUUACACAGACUGCGAUCCAGGUUUGCUGUAAAUAAAUUUAAAUCUAAUUUGAAGACCUUUCUUUUUAAGCGAGUUUACGAACUAUCUUAGGUUUUUAUUUUGCAUUUUUGUGACUAUGUAAGGAUUAUAUGGAUAUCCGGACCUUUUUAAAGCAUUGUAAAGCGCUUAGCACUGAAAAGUAUAGGCACUUUACCCUCCCUUUCGACUGGGAGGCUAGUGCCCGUAUUACACAACAGGUUUAUAGUAUCCCUUCUCUUAUUUUUCGGCCACGCUCGUGUAGUGUCACGUGAAGUUUUGUAGCACAUUCUAUCGCACUGGUGUGACCGUAAAUGAGAUCAUUGUAGCCAUCAAGAAGUUUAUCGAAUACGUAGCUAACAGUUGGUAUUGUAAGUUGUUUGACUGUCUCUCGGGCUUUGUCGAAUCAAAAAUUCCGUAAAGAUGUAUAUUGGUUUUACGAUACAUUUUUUGUUGAAAAGGAAAAUUGUGACGACUGAAACAAUCUGAAUGGCCUGUCGAAUCGCGAAGAUGUUGUCCAUGACUCUAUUUUCUUAACCUUCAAACAAAAUAUUUUAAGCGUAAAAAAGUGAAAGCAAGAAAUUUUCCUGGGAGGUACCCAAGCUUGCAUGUGACAUUUUUAAAUGUCAAAAAGGUGACUAGAUACAGUUUUUCGGAGACCAUACCGAUACUUUUCAAUCGCCUCAAAAGUGAUUGUAUGCUUAUCCGAUCGCUGUAAAAUUUUCACCGCCUGACUUUGGACUGAAGUUUGUCAAAAUGUACAAGUAACAUCGAUAUCACUUGAAAUAAUUGAUCAAAGCCGAAUUUUUGCUCGAUCUAGGUCUGCUACUGGAAAUUCGAUAAGAGGAAGUGUCAUGUUUAGCAAAUAACCUGCGUGAGAAAAAAAAAACUGUGAUUGAAUUUUAAAAAUUACGUAAAUAUGUUCCAAACGUUAUAUUUUCAAUAGCCGUGAUAUAUUCCUUAAUAAAUAAGUUCUAUAUUACUCAAAUUAAUCUUAAGUAACAUCAGAAUGCUGCUUAAUAUUAUAAUGCGAUGGUAGGAAAUUUUGGUGUUUUUUCUUUCUUUUUUGUCACCACCACCUGUCCAAGUGCAACUUUACUAUAAAUUUUGAUUUGUAGCGUUUUUCUGUAUAUCUUUGGAACUGCUCGACAGAAUUCUUUUUGAACCUCAACACAUAAUCUUCAUGAUGUAUAAAAUGCCUGAAACUUUCAUAACGAUUGAUGAAUACUGAAAUAUAUAUACUAGUCGUGGAGGUAUGUAUGUUGCGCAUUAAUUUGGAAUCAUUGCAUAAUCAAACUACCUACCUUGAUUGGUGUCGCGCCUUUGCGUAUGUUGCGCUUAAGUUAAAGACCCUUGAAAACCCGGGACUUUCACUAACAGUUCAGUUUCAAACUAUCAAAAUUCAAACUUGACUUUGAGGCUGCGGGAGUAUAACAAAAGAACUAAAUUAUUCAUCCUUAAAUCUCAAUGUCUUAUGCGAUUUUUCCUUUUUUUUCUCCCAGCUUUUGAACCAUGCCUAUAUUAGGGAAACCAGAAGUCAACGUGACACCAUAGAGACUUUCCAUAAAUGGCACCGAUAUGCAAAUAAUAAUCAAUUAUUAAACGAGUUUGGACAAAAUAUUGUUUGUUUAACCUGAUCUGCGGAAAUUUCUAGACCUCUAACUUGAAUGUUGUGUUUUCCAGCAGUAAGAUCAAGGUCCACACCGCCAAGCAAACCAACGUUUGUCCCGAAAAGAGUCAACCACCUGCAUAAACGGUAAACAAAACGAUACGUGAAUAAAAUUACAGAAUACAAAGAUAAACUUAAAAGAUAUAAAAAAAACCUUCCGACAGAGUAAAUGAAAUUUGUGGCUUCCCGGUGCAUUAUGUUAUGAAAACAGCGUAAAAGAGAAAGCGAGGCUAUAUCCAAUUCAGUUGACAGCAAAUUUAGUUUAAGCGCGCAAUAUUUUAAAGUAUCCACUAUCAAUGUAUUAGAGAGAAAAAUUAUGUAAAAUCUUUCUUCGGUGAAGAAUCUGCCCAUACUCAAGAAUCGCAACGAACGAAGUCUUGGGCCUGUCCUGUCCCUGGUUCGCAACAAGAAACCUUUUUUGCUUUUCAAGAGGGAAGGGAGAACUAAACAACUCACUUGCAAAUAAAUAUCCUUCGUUGUUGCGAGCGAAUUGACAUUGUUUAAACGGAAGCUUCGCUUUUAGGCUUGGCUAAAUCUGUAUAUAUUAAUUUAAAAAGCCAGUUUUCAUAUCACACUCAAAUCAUAGUAAACCACCCUGACUUAUCCUGGUCGAAACUUAGUCAGUUUACUGAUACAGAUUCCUACAUGUGCACUUGCGUUACCCUCUCUUCUACAAACGAUUUUAUUUUUUUUUGUCAGCCACUAUUUUUCAUACUUUCAAGGUAAUUAAAGAAAUAACAAAUAACGUGUUCUAACCCUUUUCCCAUCACCUUAUCCAUAAUUAUUUGCUUUUACACAUUUAAAGGGAAAUAACCCUUAACGAAACAAACAAUGAAGCUCCUCUUCAAGCAAUAAUGCAGUGUUGGCUUUUUAUGUCAGAAAAAAUAUAUCUCCCGUCCCUACACUAAUCAAUACAAAUGCGUACACUGGCACUGGCUUUACAUUUCAGAAUAGACGAAUCUGCAAAGUCGUUUACAAACAUUUCUCUUUGUCAUUCAUUUUUUCUAGUUUAUAUUUUCCCAGGUUACUCAAGAAAUAACAUAUUCGCUCUCUGAAAUAGACAUCUUAAACAAAAUAUCCCUUAACAAAACGAAGAAGGGAGCUCUCUUUCAAGCACAAUGCAGUUUUUGCCUUUUUAUGUGAGAGAAAAUAUAUAUCCCUUUCUUUAACUAUAUUCAUUAAGACCUCAAGUCUUACCUUCGCCGGGCGUUUGUCAGUCACGUCUGGCGUGCUAUCAGACCUUCAAAGGCGGUUAUGCUCUGGGAGAUAAAAUCAAGAAGUCCCUCGUUACGACUGGACGGGAAGCUAUUUCGUUGACACUUUUUUACCAAGGAAAAUUAGACUCGCAUACCGCCACUGUAAAGAAAAGCUACAUAAAUAUAACGGAAACUAAAGACAAUAAAUGUCGCUCGCUGCCGCUCAACCUGCGAAGCGGAACUCAUGUAUAAGAUCUUGGUGAAUGCAAGAAAGACAAAACCAUCUUGCUCCCAUAAUAGCAUAUCAAAUACAGGUAACAUGGAAAGCGAUUUCCGUACAUUGCUGCUGACUUACAUGUAUACCAAUCUGUCAGAGGAGACCAAAGUUCUUAGCAACAAAAUCGCCUUUGCUCAUGAAAAGAAUCAAUCAAACGAAAAAAAGUAAACAAAGUGAAGCAUGAAUAAAAUUUAAACAGAGGGACAAAACCCGUCAAUUUUUGUUACUCAACCUGUAAAAUGGAUGAACUUGAAAGAUUUAAAACUUUCAGUGAGAAUAAAUAAGCUUUUUCUGUACCUUCCCGACACUUCUGUUAGUUCAUGUUAAAAAUAUCGCUAUGAAAAAACAAGGUUAUAUAUAACUUUGUGGACACAAAACUAGAUAGUUUGAAUUAAGCUCGCAAUGCCUUAAAGCAACCACUCUCCUUGCAAUCAAGGGAAAGUUCUCAAAAAAAUCUCUUGUUAGUGAAGAGUCUGCCAAUAUUUAGGAAUCGCAACGAAAAAACUCUUUAUUUUGUCCUGCCCCUGAUCAUCAACAAGAAAUCAUUUCACUUUCCGAGAAGAAGGAGAGAAACAAACAAAUAUCACUUCUAAUUUCCUAGUUGACUGACAUGUCAAAAACGGAAACUUAAUACUCAUCGAAUCUUAAACUAGGAAGUAUAAACGCCUAGAUCAACGUACUCACCAAAAAUCUUUCCCUCCAGAAGUACAAAAAGGAAACUGAAAAUUGAAAAGUCUGGGACCGUCUCUACAUUCUAAGAAGUAAAGCAUCGCAUGAUAAUGAAACAAACACCACAGCCCUUAAAAUAACAUGCAUGACGUAUCGCGAGGCAGCGGGCCUACUGAUGAAUUGUUUUAUAUUGUUUUCAGGCGGUGUGCGUCACGACCCACAAAGGUUCAUGGGUAAAACUGUUUAUGUGCCUCAUUUCAAUCGUGACACGGUCGAGUUCGCAUCUCGUGAGAGAGAUGAAUCAAAACCCAGGAUCAAAACACUGCUUCCUUUUCUGAAAAACAUUACGGAGGAGAGCGAUUUGGAGAAUUUUCAGGAUCUCAUACUGGCCUUAGAUGCUUGCUAUUGGCUUCACAAG